UACCUCCCUGUAAGGUACCGGGCACGGACCAGUACAAGCAUCGAUGGAAACCUUGGUGACUCCCGUCUGGUGUAUACUUACCUAGUGUAUGGCCCGCCACUCGAGUGCCAGAGAUCGUCAGCGACGUGACCCACGGGUUGAACUUGCCCAUCUCACCAGACAUAGGUAUAGUAAUGUCAUCGCCAGCCUCUUCUCUUCUUUUGUUUCCCCACCCGUCGGGUGUUACCGCUUGUUUGUGACCUUGCGUAGGGCACUUUCCCGCAGUAUUUCCAUACACUACAUUACCACUCUCUUUUUAUAUUAUUUUGUUGUUUCUCCCCGUUCUCGUCUGGUCUUCAGCGGCUAUUUUCGAGCCAAAAGGUUUGAUCAAGGGUACACUUCGGUUAGUGAUCACGCAAUUCCAACAGUGCGGAUGCAGCUCACCAUGGUAGUGCGGUUAAAACUGGAAUAUCAGCCAUCGCAAGCCAUGGCUGACGCCUCACUGGGGAGAAAUGCCUAGGGUUGAGCUGGGAUUGGAUCCCUUUCCCACAUCCACAUCAUUUCUGAC